AUGCGGCCCUUCUCAAGCUCUUGGCCAGCUACAAAUUGUUCAUCCCUUCUCAAGCGUCUGUAUUACGGCGAGGGGCUUUGUCCAGAAAGUAAAACGAUAGUCUCCUCGAACAUGUCUCGUAUAUGUGUGAAAAACCUGCCAAAGUAUGUUGCGGAGGAUCGCCUCAGAGAAUUCUUCUCGGAGAAAGGAGAGGUUACCGACGCGAAGCUUAUGCGCACGAAGGAGGGGAAGAGCAGGCAAUUUGGGUUUGUGGGAUUUAGAACAGAGCAUGAAGCCAAGGAAGCCAUAAAGUACUUCAACAGGACUUACAUGGACACUUUCAGAAUUACUUGUGAGGUUGCUCGUAAGGUUGGAGAUCCUGACAUUCCUCGUCCUUGGAGUCGACACUCAUUGAAUAAAAAGGAGACUUUUAAAGCAGAGAAGGGAGUAACUGGUUCAACAGUUUCCGAGGGGAAAAGUAAGGAGAGGAAGAAGGAUGAUGAGAAUAAUGAUCCUCAACUUGAAGAGUUUCUACAAGUUAUGGAACAUCGUAGCAAGUCGAAAAUGUGGGCCAAUGAUACACUUGCUGCUCCUUCUCUUGAGCAAGGCAAAUCAACAUUAGAUGAAAAAUUCACAAGGGCAAAAAGACGUGAGGAGAACUCAGAUGGAGAGGUUGCCAAUCUUGAUGAGUUUAAGGGAGAAGGAAAUGUUUUACCAGAGAAAGAAGAGGCAAAUAAGCCAAACAUUCUGGUUCAUGAUGAGGUCGUGUCUGACAUAGAUUAUUUUAGGAGUCGGAUUAAAAAGAAAUGGUCAGAUUCAGAAAGUAGCGACGAUGAUGGUAGUGCUGAUGGCUCUGAUCAUAGUGAUAGUGAUGAUAAUGAUGACAACAGUGAUACUCAGAACAAGAGCAAUUAUGAUCAUGUUGGGGAGACACUUGAAUCUGGUGAGAAUGUGCCCAUUGUUUCUGGAGGGGAGGCUGAAGACGACGGCUCUGGAGAAGAUGGGAAUAAAGGCCCCCCUGACAUUAUGGCUAGUUCUAGAAACGAGAAUGAUGUAGUUCUGGAAUCUGGACGUCUCUUCGUUCGCAAUCUUCCCUACUCUGCCACUGAGGAGGACCUAGAAGACCACUUCAGCAAAUACGGAACCAUUUCUCAGGUUCAUAUUGUCAUUGAUAAAGAGACAAGGCGCUCCAAAGGGAUUGCCUAUGUUCUCUUUGCUGUUCCAGAAUGUGCUGCUAGGGCUUUAGAAGAGAUGGAUAGUUCGAUUUUUCAGGGAAGGUUAUUGCAUGUAAUGCCUGCUAAACAAAAAAAGCUACCUGAUAUGCCAGAGACCAAUAUUUCGUCAAAAACGUUUAAGCAACAGAGAGAUGCAGAAAGAAAGGCAUCAGAAGCAACUGGAAAUACACGCUCGUGGAAUACUUUAUUUAUGCGCCCUGAUACUGUUGUUGAGAACAUUGCACGAAAAUUUGGUGUCAGUAAAAGUGAGCUACUUGAUAGAGAAUCUGAUGACCUUGCUGUGAGAAUCGCAUUGGGGGAGACUCAAGUGAUUGCUGAGACAAAAAAAGCUCUCGUCAGUGCUGGUGUUGAUGUCUCCUCAUUAGAGGAGUUUGCCACUGGUAAAACUGAUGGUCUGAAAAGAAGCAACCAUGUUAUAUUAGUGAAGAAUUUGCCGUACGGUUCAUCUGAAGGUGAAUUAUCAGAUAUGUUCGGGAAAUUUGGCGGCUUAGACAAAAUCAUUUUGCCUCCUACUAAAACCCUUGCUGUGGUUAUAUUUCUGGAACCUGCUGAGGCUCGUGCAGCUUUCAGAGGUCUAUCAUACAAGCGGUACAAGGAUGCUCCGCUGUAUUUGGAAUGGGCACCUGGUAAUAUUCUGUGUCAAACUUCAACUGUCGGCAACAAUGAAGUAGUUGGUGAAGCUGAUGUGAAGAGAGCUUUCCUAGAUCAGCAAGUUGAGGAUAUAAUGGAUGCAGAUGUUGAUCCUGAUAGAAUUGAGUCACGCUCGUUAUAUGUCAAGAAUCUGAACUUCAGAACAUCUGAUGAAAGUGUGAAAAGGCAUUUUACAGAGCACAUGAAGGGAGGAAAGCUUCUAAGUAUCAGGGUGAAGAAGCAUAUGAAAAAUGGGAAAAAUGUUUCAAUGGGAUUUGGUUUCGUGGAGUUUGAUAGUGUUGAUACUGCAGUGAAUGUGUGCAAGGACCUGCAGGGAACUGUUCUUGAUGGUCAUGCCCUCAUAUUGCAACGUUGUCAUGCUAAAAAGGAUGAAAUUUUGCCCAAGAAAUUUGAAAAUGACCGGAGUUCAACCAAAUUGAUAGUAAGGAACGUAGCAUUUGAGGCAACAGAAAAGGAUCUGAGGCAAUUGUUCAGUCCAUUUGGUCAGAUAAAGAGUUUAAGGUUGCCUAUGAAGUUUGGCAACCACAGAGGUUUUGCAUUCGUAGAAUAUGUCACCAAGCAAGAAGCCCGGAAUGCCCUGGAAGCUCUUUCAAACACCCAUCUCUAUGGCCGUCACUUGGUUUUGGAGAGAGCCAAAGAAGGUGAGAGCUUAGCGGAGUUGAGAGCAAGAACAGCGGCCCAGUUCACGGACUCACCCAAGUUAUCCAACAAGCGAAAGCAUUUGGCCGUAUUGGAUGAAGGAAAUGUCAAGUUUCAACGAAUCGCAGAAUAA